AUGGUGCUGCUGGACGACUUCUGUGUGAAGGUUUAUUUCUGGCCGUUCCUCUCGUAUUUGGCCAGCAUCAAGGGCUGGUGCCCGCUGUAUCCGCCAGGUUACUAUCCCAUCUACGCACUGCCUCCGCCGCAGCCACCACAGCAGUUCCCACCGCAAUUCCCACCGCAAUUCCCACAACCGCAGCCGCCGCAGCCAACUGGUCCACUAAUACCGCUUCCGUCCACAUCUGCAGUGAUUCCCACGUUCCAGCCAACGCCACCCUAUCCGCAGACGCCGUCGGUGCCACCGCCACUGUUCACCACGAGUAGCAGUACCACCACGAGUAGUACCACCACAACGACUGGAGUGACCACGCUUAGUACAGCUGGCACCACUCUUCCGGUGCCGGUGCCCACGUGUCCAUCUCAGCCUCUCGUUUGCCUGCCCGGUGGCGCCCGACCUCUGCCCAACUGUCCCUGCAUUGAUCCGCGCCAGCAAAACUCCCCGCUGGUCUCCGCACCCCCUGGAGGCCCGCAGGUCGGUUCGGAUAUAAUGGUGUUCAUGCCGCUGAAUGCAGGACGUAGGCGGCGUCGUCGCCGAAAGCCCCAAUCCUGCUACGACGGCCGAUCUCGGCCAGGCAGCUGCCUGCCCCUGACCUCCUGCGCCCCACUCAUGGAGGAGUAUCAGGGCCAGAGCAGUGAGUUCAGCACCUUCCUGGGCCAGUCCAUAUGCGGAUUCGAUGGCGCCACGUUCAUGGUGUGCUGCGCCUCGGAUCGCAGUGGAAAUGCCAGGAGCAGAAAGGAUCUUCUGCCAACCACUGCUGCCCCCUUUGGGUUUUUUCAUUUCUCACCACUGAGCGGGGGAUCUACAGCCACACCAAUGGUAUUUCAGCCAACUCCGCCUCUGAGCCAGAUUCAACCUGUGGUUAGUCCUAGUUUUAAUCCGGCAGCGCAGCAGCCUCCUCCUCCAGCAGCACAGGUAGCGCCACGUGCUUGUGGAGUAAGUGGCACUACCUCUAACCGAGUUGUGGGUGGUAUGGAAGCUCGAAGGGGAGCCUAUCCUUGGAUAGCUGCCUUGGGCUACUUCGAGGGGGCCAACCGGAAUGCUUUGAAGUUCCUUUGCGGUGGCAGCUUCAUUCACACACAUUAUAUUUUAACUUCGGCACACUGCAUCAAUCCCAUGUUGACCCUGGUGCGUUUAGGAGCCCAUGAUCUCUCAAAGACUGUGGAGCCGGGGGCAAUGGAUUUCCGUAUCCGCAGAACUAUGGUCCACGAACACUUUGAUCUUAACUCCAUUUCGAAUGAUAUAGCGUUGAUUGAACUGAAUGGAGUGAAUGGAAAUUUGCCAAAUAACAUUGCCCCGAUUUGUCUGCCCGAAGCAGCCAAGUUUCUGCAGCAGGACUUUGUGGGCAUGAAUCCCUUUGUGGCCGGCUGGGGAGCUGUUAAGCAUCAGGGACCCACUUCGCAGGUGCUGCGCGAUGCCCAGGUGCCCAUAGUCUCUCGGCAGGCCUGCGAGCAGAGCUACAAGUCCGUCUUCCAGUUCGUCCAGUUCAGCGACAAGGUAAUGUGCGCGGGCAGCUCCAGCGUGGACGCCUGUCAAGGGGAUUCCGGUGGACCACUCAUGAUGCCGCAGCUGGAGAGCAAUGGCUAUAGGUUCUACUUACUGGGCCUGGUAUCCUUUGGCUAUGAGUGUGCUCGUCCCAAUUUCCCAGGAGUUUAUACGAGAGUGGCCUCCUAUAUUCCGUGGAUCAAGAAGCACCUAUCAUUGGCUUAGAAUUUCACAUUGUAUUGUGAUGUGUCACCCGAAUGGAUAACACACAUGAGGACUUAAAUCCCAAAUGCAACAUAC